AUGUUGGAGGCCGAGCGAAAUUUCCGGUGCACACUACGUAAUCGCACAACCCAUGACAGAACCGUAUGGACGUAAAUAAGCUACAGUAUUUCUUUUAACUGAAGAAAAUUUUGCGUUUUGUUUAAAAUGGACGACCAGGAAAUGCAAUUGAAAGUAAAGCGAGUGACGGAUAAGUUCACAGAGAGCAUGUACGUGUUGGCUAAUGAACCGUCCAUAGCGCUGUAUCGCCUGCAGGAGCAUGUGAGGAGGUCACUGCCUGAGCUGGUACAACACAAGACAGACAUGCAGAGCUGGGAAGAACAGAGCCAAGGAGCAAUUUAUACUGUGGAGUAUGCCUGCAGCGCAGUGAAAAGCAUGGCCAACAGCAGCCUCUAUUUUAAAAAUAUCGACGGACUGCUGAAGCAAGCCAUUGCAACAAAGGAACACAUCAGCGGUGCUCAAGGACGCAGUGGUGUGAAACCUGUACCUAAUCACAGUGACCCUCCACCACAUGACUCUUCCACAUCAUCAUGACGCAUGGAAAUCUAUAAGCAAGGAAAAGAAAUGUGGAUCCUGGGAUAAUGAGAGACACUUGUGAGAAGCAGCAUUCUGGGAUAUGAAGUACAGUUACGAGUCUGCUGAAUGGACUCCAUUACAAACGUGUACCUUACUCCAUCUGAGUGUGAGGCCUCUUGAAUUGAGACUUUGGCAACUCGACAGAGCCUUGCGAGGAGUGAAUGCGAAUGCUCUGCCAGGUUCUCCAUUACAGUGCUUCAUCAAGUGUGUGAAGGAAAGGAUUAUUCUCAGUCGUAUGUAAAUAUAUUCAAGUAGCUUUAAACUGUAGUAUGCUUUUGCAUUACAAUGGCUUACUUUUAAACUGAUCUGAUAUGUUGCCUAAAUAUCCUUUUUUUUUUUUUUUUAACUGAUUUAAUAUUUAUUUGUAUGCUAUACAUGUAAUUGUAGCAUUAAAAUAUAACCAAAUUGA